AUGUUGCUUGCUAAAUUGCGUCGCAUCUGCUCCCAUUACCUCUUGCGGCUCUCCAAAAGCGCCGAGGCUCUCCUCGCAGUCAGGUUGUCCCUCGUCAUCGUCAAAGAAGUUCUUGAUUUGUCGAAGUCGACCACAACGACUUACCCGCCACUCAAUCUUCCCCUCGUUCUCACUCUUCCGCCUGCCCCCAUCCGCCUCACACUUCCGCCCGCCCCCGUCCCUCCCCCAACCAAAGCGUUGCCCAUCCUCAUACGAGGGACAGUUGUGCUUGGCUCCGGCCUAUAUCAAGUCCCACCAGGCUUCGUGUUUCUUUCUUUCUUCUGGAUUUUUUCCACUGUAUUGUUGGUCUAUGGGGCCGCAAAUAGACUGGGUGUGGCUGCCGCUGUGCGGAAGUAUCUCUGCGGUGUGAGAGUUUUCUUGGAUUGCGUGAAAUAUGGUGCCUGGGCAGUUGCUCCUCUCGUUUACUGGAGCCAGGUUGGCUUGCGCAAGAUACUGGAUUGUCUUGGAAGGUCUACGGGUUCAUAUGCGACCGAAAAUUCGUGUCGUCUCUUCCAUUCGGUCUCUAUUAUCGUCCGAGCCAUUCCUUUUGUCGAAAAAGCUACAAGCUGGAGCAAGCACCACUACGAAGUUGGUAUUCACAACACGAAGAUAUUUAUCCGUGCUACGAUCAAAGCUUUCGACAACGACGAGCUUACUCUAACGCUUACGCUCGCUCGCUCGACCAUGAACUGUGACGGCGUCAUCAUCUUCGUGAUCAGCGAGCUUGUCUCCAACUACUGGCGUUGGUGGUUUCUCUGGCGUCUCGAUCCUGGAGGAACACCACAGCGUCGCUACCCCUUCAUUGCCGGAACUCCCGAUAGCUGGGACGGAUUACUGCCAGCGCCCGAGGUCAAUGCAUUGUCAGCCGCAACGCACGGCUUAUGGGGCUCUUCUGCUUGGAAACCCGUCCAAACGUUCAAUAUCAAAAGGCCAUUUGACAAAACUAAAUUCACGCGAAUAAGACUACUGGGACGAGGCACAUAUGGGAAGGUCGUCGAAGUCUCUACCUAUCGUGGAAUACACAUCGCCCUCAAGAGAGUAAAGCGGCGAGGAAAGAAGUCGGACCACUACACUGCACGACAAGCCUCGACUAUGCUUUGGAACAUGCUUGUGUCCGAAGUCCAGGUCCCCAUUCUCAUGCGCAAUAAUGCCGCAUUUCCUUCCGUCUAUGGUGUAUGGUGGGACGACGCCAACUACUAUAUCGCGAUGCAGCUGGGUGACCAAUGCCUAGCGGACGUUGAUCAUUUCCCCUCUCGUUUAGACAUUUUCUGCUACGGCCGUCAGCUUGUUGCCGCACUCGAAUCGUUGCAUGCCCAAUAUAUCGUCCACCGCGACCUCAAACCCGAAAACAUUCUUCUGAAAAAGGGUCAAAUCAUGAUCAUCGAUUUCGGUCUCGCUCGCGUUUUCCAACCAGGAGCAGGUCCUGCUCGCUUCUGGGCCCACGAAUCAGGAGAAUAUCGGCUGGAGGAAGUAGCAGGGACGACAGGCUACAUGUCUCCCUUGGUCGCAAAAGGUUAUCCAUAUUCGUUCGACGCCGACUUGUGGAGUUUUGGAGUGAUCAUAUACCAAUGGAUCGUGCAACGCUGGGACCCGCCUCGAAUCACACCUCUUGCAAAGCGCUUCCAGUUGGAUCCAAAGGACGACCUGGAAGAUGACGAAUUCGACUUCUUCAAGAGGAUAUUUUCGCUGGAGCGCGGGCAGCGGUUUCAGAGCUGGAAGGAGGUUCGCAACCACCCAAUGUGGUUGGGGUUGAUAUAA